AUGUUUCAGUCCAACAAAUUCAGUUCUUUUAUGAUCAAGGGGAUGGUUGAGUCAGUUGGAUGUUCGGGUCCGACAGCAUCGACGAUAGUAUGGCAACACUAUCUGUUACGACAACGUAUGCUAAUGCAGGCUAAGCCUCGAAAAGGCGGACAAAUUAGGUUUACUUCGGAACAGAGCGUGAGUUUGGAGCGAGAGUUCGGUCGACAGAAGUACUUAUCGCCGAUCGAGAGGAAGAGUAUUGCCUCAGAUUUAGGUCUCUCUGAGCGACAAAUUAAGACUUGGUUUCAGAACCGAAGGGCCAAAUGGAGACGUUGUAAGCAAUUGAGUGGAGAUGGAGACGAAGAUAAACACAUUUUGUUUAAUAAAUACAAAGACACGCAUUCAUGCAGUCGUGACAACGAUAAUGACGAGCCAUACGAGUCCUCCUGCCAUCCCUAUCAGUGCCAAACUAACUCACAUCCCAAUGAUUUCAAUAAUUGA